AUGUCUGAUCAAAACAAGACUCAGACUUUGGUGAGCAACCAGGAUGUAGGGUCUGGAAACCAAAGUGCUGGUAAAAAACGCACAUUCGAAGAAUCGGUCAAUUCUGAGGGGGAUGAUUACAGCGUGGUUAACAAUGAGGAACAAGAUGAUGUUGAUGGUGUCGAGUCAGAAGGUGAGAACCAAUCAGGUUCUAAUAAUGAGGGAUUAAUACCUGAGCAGCUGUCAAGAAAUGCUGAUUUAGUGGAUGCCGAUAUUGGGGAGGGAUCAGAUGAUGAAGAAGAUGAGGACGCUGAAGAGGAGGAGGACGACGACGAAGAAAGUACAUCUCGUAAAAGAAAACGGAGAAGGGCGAACCAGUUUCUCGAUAUUGAAGCUGAAGUCGAUGAUGAGGAGGAGGACGAACUAGAUGAUGAGGACGAAGAGGCGGAACUUUUACGUGAACAGUUUAUUACAGAUGAUCAUGUGGACAAACAGGAAGGGUUGCCAUCUCGUCCUGAUGAUGACAGACUUCAUAGACAAUACGAUCAACGUCGGCAAAAGGCUGAGGAUCAGGAUGCCGAGGAGCUAGCGGAAACCUUGAAACAACGCUACAGAAAGUCCCACACUGCUUAUAGAGGUGAUACAACAGCCAGCGGGACCGUAUCUCAAAAGUUGCUAAUGCCUUCCAUCAAUGAUCCUGCGAUUUUUGCGAUUCGCUGCUCUCCGGGUCGCGAGAAGGACUUGGUAAGAAAGCUUUACGAGAAGAAAAGGACUUUAGCACGGUCUGGACGCCCACUUGAUAUUCUCUCAGUUUUCCAGCGGGACGCUUUCAAGGGUUAUAUUUAUAUUGAAGCCAAAAAGCCGGAGGCUAUUGAGCGUGCACUUACAGGCAUGGUCAAUGUUUACGCAAAACAACGAACCAUCGUGCCUGUUAGUGAAUAUCCUGACUUAUUAAAGCAGGUGAAGUCGUCUGAUGUUGAAAUUGUUCCCGGGAUAUAUGUGCGUAUUUCGCGUGGCAAGUAUAAAGGAGACCUUGCAAUCGUGGACAACCUCUCCGAGAACGGGCUUGAGGUGCGCUGUAAAUUGGUCCCCAGGCUUGACUACGGAAAGAACGACGAGGUUGACGCAGAUGGAAGAAGAAUCAAACUGAAAGUUAGACCUUUACCAAGAUUGUUCAAUGAGCAAGAAGCUCGCAUGUAUGACGCAGAACACUUGCAACCGGGAAGAGGGCCCCGAACGUUCAUUUACCGUGGAGAAGAAUACGUGGAGGGUUUCUUGAUGAAGGAUUUCAAGUUGCAAUUCAUCCAGACCAAGGAUGUUCAACCAAAAUUGGAGGACUUGGACCGAUUUCAAACAGGUAACUCUCAUGAUGAUGGUUUGGAUUUAGCCGCUGUCGCUGCUUCGCUUAAAGGAAAGUCACUGGAGAAUGACCUUUCUAACGCUUUUCAACCAGGAGAUAAAGUCGAAGUAAGAAGAGGUGAACAGGCAAAAACCGUUGGUAAGGUAUUAAAUGUAUCUCUCAAUGAAGUUCAAAUCUUGGUACUUGAUAGUGGAGAUGGCCAAUUUGUCAACAAAGAGCUUACCGUCCCUGCAAGCGAUCUCAGGAAGCUUUUUACGGCCGGUGAUCAUGUCAAGGUCAUCGAAGGUGUCCAUACAGAUGAGAGUGGUCUCGUUAUAAAGAUUGAUGGCGACUCAGUCGUAUUCUUGAGUGAUCAAACAAAGCAAGACGUUCGUGUUUUUGCGAAUUACUUGAUUAAGGCGACAGAUUCUUCGUCAAGCAGUGACAUAACGAAUAGCAAGUUUGAGAUAAAGGACCUUGUUCAACUAAACGCUUCCACUGUUGGUGUUAUAGUGAAAGCAGACAAAGGCCUUCUCGGAGUACUUACGUCAGAUGCCCGAGUGAUCACAGUAAAACCGACUGGUAUCGUUUCUAAGAUAACGAUGACCCGCAGAGAGCAAGUUGCGACAGACAAGAAUGGCCUCACCAUAAAAGUUGGAGAUACAGUGAAAGAAAGCAGCGGCGAAAAAAAGAAGGAAGGUGUGAUAUUACAUAUUUACAAGAAUGCUGUGUUCGUGGAGUCCCACGAAUUGCAUGAGAAUUUGGGCAUUUUUGUGGCGAGCGCUUUGAAUUUGACUACUGUUUCGACUAAGAACUCGAUGAUCUCGAAAACUCUUGGGCCAGACCUUAGCAGCAUGAACCCAAAUGUGAAGUUGAAAUCUCCAAUGGCGCCACCUAGCACCCGAGGUAAAAUGGGUGGCAGAGACAAAUUGCUUUACAAGGAUGUCAUCAUUAAUAACGGAAAUCACAAGGGCCUCAUGGGUAAAGUUGUGGAAACAGAUGACGUUGAUGCCCGCAUAGAAUUGCAUACUAAAGCCAAGAAGAUCAAAGUCAGCAAGACGAAGUUAAGUGUGAUUAUCCGUGGAGAGUCUAUCCCAUACUUAAGGUUUGUAGGUGCUUCAGAAGCUCGCGGGCCAGCUCAAUCAAUCGGGCCAGCGUUCUCGUCAGGCGCAAGAACAGCAUGGGGCGGAAAUACUCCCUCAGCUGAUACCGCUGCAUCUUCAUGGGGUGGUAAAACACCUUCAGCUAGCUCAGGAGGGGUGUCGUCGUGGGGAGGUAAUGGUAGCAGUUCGGCUUGGGGCAGUGGAGAAGCGUCAACCUGGAAGGGUGGAAGAGGGGGUUCAUCCGCAUGGGGAGGAAGUGGAAAUGGCGGAACCUCGGCAUGGGGUAACAGUGCGGGCACAUCUACGUGGGGUAAUGGAGGCAAUAAUUCUACGUGGGGAGGACAGAACGGUAUGAACUCUUCAUGGGGUCAACAAAAGGGAGGAAACAACUCUACUUGGGGCAACUCAGGUUCGCAUGGAGGAACUUCUGCCUGGGGAAAUCGUGGCGCUUCUUCCGUUUGGGGACAGAAAGAUGGCGGUAAUUCAACUUGGGGAUCUGGUCGUGCUGGUGGCUCAUCGAGUUGGGGCAAUCUGAAUAAUCAAAGCUCAUCAGGAUGGGGUCAGUAG